CUUUUUUUUAGCGCCAUCUGCUCAGGGCGCCGCCUCCUUCUCUUCCUCUUCCUCCUCCGCCUCCUCUUUCGUCUCCUCCCGCCGCAGUUGCCGCCGCCGCCGCCCUGAGUCACAGCUUGCGCAGCUCCGAGCUCUUGGUCCCUGCAGCAGCCGCGGAUCUCAAAUAUACAAAGGUCUUACAAUAUGGCGGACAUUGACAACAAAGAAACUGAACUUGACCAACAAGAUAUGGAAGAUGUUGAAGAAGUGGAAGAAGAAGAAACUGGUGAAGAUGCAAAUAGCAAAGCUCGUCAGUUGACUGUUCAGAUGAUGCAGAAUCCUCAAAUUCUUGCAGCUCUUCAAGAAAGAUUGGAUGGUUUAGUGGGAACAUCAACUGGAUACAUUGAAAGUUUGCCAAAAGUAGUUAAGCGACGUGUGAAUGCUCUCAAAAACCUUCAGGUGAAAUGUGCACAGAUAGAAGCCAAGUUCUAUGAGGAAGUUCAUGCUCUUGAAAGAAAAUAUGCUGUUCUUUACCAACCACUUUUUGAUAAGAGAAGUGAAAUCAUCAAUGCAAUUUAUGAACCUACAGAGGAAGAAUGUGAAUGGAAACCAGAUGAUGAUGAAGAGAUUUCAGAGGAAAUGAAAGAGAAAGCUAAGCUUGAAGAGGAGAAAAAAGAUGAAGAAAAAGAAGAUCCUAAAGGAAUUCCUGAAUUUUGGCUGACUGUUUUUAAAAAUGUUGAUUUGCUCAGUGAUAUGGUUCAGGAACAUGAUGAACCUAUUCUGAAGCACUUGAAAGAUAUUAAAGUGAAGUUCUCAGAUGCUGGCCAACCUAUGAGUUUUACAUUAGAAUUUCACUUUGAACCCAAUGAAUAUUUCACAAAUGAGAUGUUAACCAAGACAUAUCGUAUGCGGUCAGAGCCAGAUGAUUCUGAUCCCUUCUCCUUUGAUGGACCAGAAAUUAUGAGUUGCACAGGGUGUCAGGUAGAUUGGAAAAAAGGGAAAAAUGUCACUUUGAAAACUAUUAAGAAGAAACAAAAACACAAGGGACGUGGAACUGUUCGUACUGUGACAAAAACAGUUUCCAACGAUUCUUUCUUCAAUUUCUUUUCUCCUCCUGAAGUUCCUGAGAGUGGAGACUUGGAUGAUGAUGCAGAAGCUAUCCUGGCAGCAGACUUCGAAAUUGGUCACUUUUUACGUGAGCGUAUAGUCCCAAGAUCAGUAUUAUACUUCACAGGAGAAGCUAUUGAAGAUGAUGAUGAUGAUUAUGAUGAAGAAGGUGAAGAGGCUGAUGAUGAGGAAGGGGAAGAAGAAGCUGAUGAGGAAAAUGAUCCAGAAUAUGAUCCGAAGAAAGAUCCAAACCCAGCCGAGUGCAAGCAGCAGUAGAAUCCCAUUUGAGUGAACUUUAAAGAAAAUCAUAAUUGCUGUUUUAUACAACCCUUUUCAAAAAAAGAAACUGCUAAAAAUGGAAGAGUAAAUGGUUAUUUGCUUUUAUAGUUACAUGAAGCAAUUAUCAAAGAUAUGCCCCAUUUGCGUAGUGACCAAAUAAAUGGAGGGGUAGGUGUUCUAGAAGAAGCAUUCCUAAAUUCAGUGGGACCUGCUGAAAUUAUAUUUGAAUGUAUUCAAAGAUUAUUAAUAAAUUUUGACACUUUUUUUCCCCCAGAAUGUUGUGUUGGUAAUUUUCUAUAUUGAGAAAGGGAGGAAUGUGGUGGAAAUGGUUUCCUGGCUUCUUGUUAUCUACUUAAACUAGGAGCACCUACAAAAUGUCAAAGCUUCUAAAUUGAUUUGUGAACUGCCAUAGUUCAUAAUGUUAUUAUUUAUUUAAAGGAAGUUUGUUGUCCUGAGAGUUCUGCUAGUGUGUGAUUGGUCUUAAUUUAAUUUGUUUUAAAUUUAAUUAUAAUCAUUUUAUAGUCCCCACCAGACCAGCCACUUGGAGCCAGGAAACAGUUCUUUUAAGAACUGAACAACCAACAUAACAUUUUGCAUGCUUAUUGCUAUAUACUGAUAUUUGUAUUUUUUAUAUGUAACAGAACACUUUCUAAUUGAUUGCCAACUUAACUUCAUAAGUUAAUGUGAAAUUAUGUUUGCUAUUUGGAUUUUGUAAUGAACAAAACUAAUAACCAGGUUAACAAAGCAAUGCAUUUUUAUGGCAUGAAAACAGCAUUAAAACGGCUCACUACUGUUUUUGCUAAAAUGGGAUUCUACCUGUCUUGUUUGCUUUAAUUUAGCCUUGAAAAAGUUUCCUUGUAAAGGAUUCUAUUCUUUGGUAGAAAUGUUUUCAUUACACUAUGAAUAAUGUGGUUGAUCACUAAAGAUAACUGAACUUCCAGUGUUUAUAUAUAACUUAAAUUGUUUAUAUGUAACUAAACUUGGUGCUCCUUUUGAUCUUCCCAUCGAUUAGAUACUAUUCCCAUAAGUAGAACUUGAACUGUGACUGGCUGUGGCAUUUCCAUCCCUAUCCAUUUAGGAUAAUUUGUGUGUGUGUGUGUGUGUCUGUGUGUGUGUAUGUGUACGUCCGCGGACACACUAAUGGGCCAUGCUUAUUACAUACAUAUAUAUAUUUCCUAGAUAUAUAUAUAUAUAUGAUAAUUAGCAGAGGGGUAAAAAAAUUGGAUAAUUUUUAAAAAAAUCUUUGGUAUCAGGAUUUGUUUUUCAAGUUCAUAUAAAACAAAAUUUAGCAUUUUUUGUGAAGUAAGUCUUUGCUAAGACUAAAUGUUAUUCUGUAGGAGUAGAAUAGACGUGACAUUCUUGUAAUAUUUUUAGAGGGAAAAAUAACUGCCCUUUGUUAAUUUCAGAAAAAGGAAACCAAUUGGUUUUUCUUAGGUGCUAAGCACCCAAUCAGUAAUUUUUUUUUUAAUGCAUGAGAAUAGAUUUUAUGAAAGAAAUCACAGCAUCAAUUUUGUUUAUUGUGCAGAUAUUAAAAUUUGCCCUUGAGAAAACAA